CCAAAAAUGAGCGACGCAGACGAGAAGGCCACGCCGCGCAGUUCGCGCGGGUCCGCCAAAGGUGGCAAGGAUGAUAAAGAUGACAUGGACCUUCAGAUGCAAGACAUCAACUCAGACGACAAAGGGGUUCCUCCGAAGCGAACGAGUGGAUGGGGAGAUACCACACAUGCAGACACGUCUCGAUCCAGUACUGCCGCGUCCGAAGGAGGCAGCGGCGACGCCGCUGAGAGCAAACGUGGACGGCGCCGAAAGGAAGAGAAAGCUGAAGCAGCGAAGCCAAAGAACAAGCAUUUCGACGACGACGGUGAAACCACUGAGCUCAUGGAGAUCCCGGACUUGGAGGAGGAGGAACGAGAGCCCGACAUCACCACCCAAAUUGCCGAUGCGCCACGCAACACGACUCGUGUGGUGCAGUCGCUCAAGGAACUCGAACGCGACGUCAAGUACUCAUUGCCAACGACUGCCGGCGUGGACCUGCAAAUCCUGACCAGUUUCCUCUGCCCCCAGAAAGCUGUACUACCAUCACACCAUAUAAAGGCGACAUUCAUUCCCAUGGAAAACAAAAUGUAGGUUCAAGAAGAUGACGAUGCAUGGGACUUCGACUCGCUCUUGCGCGAUGUGUUCCAAGAUGUGCAGAAGGAACAAGACGAAAAAGACAACCAAGACGAGGCCGAGCAAAAUGCCCCCGCGGUCACCCUCUCGUCGGCUAAAGCAUCCGUGGCGCCAUGAGAGAGCUUAGUGUAGACUGGUAUGAUGCAGGUUAGCAAUGAUUACUUCUUUUCCUUGACCACGACGAACUUGUGCUCGAUCGAGUAAAUCCCCACGGCCUGUUCGCCAUCUUCGUCGUACUCGGACCAGUCUUCCGCCAAGUUGACGUCGUGGAACGUGGCCGUGCCGCCCGCAGACGUGAGCGUGUACCCGCCUUCGGGGUACCACACCACGGGUUCGAGGCCGCGGCACUCAAAGCCCACGACAGGGACGAACUCGCCCGAGUCUUCUCCCUUGAUGGGGCGCGUGAGCUUCUUCACGUCGCGGACGAUCGUCAACUGGCUUUCCUUUUUCGCGCCAGGCCACUUCAUCAAGAAAUGCGCCUCGCCGCGGCCGCCCGACACUUCCAGCAGUUCGUCGUCGCACACCCACACGGCUUCACGCUUCUCUUCGCUCGUGGGCUCCUUAAUGUCCAAGCACCAUCGGUGGUUCACAGGGAACUCCCACAAAUCAAUCGCGUCCAAGUCCGCCUUCACAUACAGGACAUACAGCACCAUGGUCUGUCGUCAAUGGGAACGAAGGUUUGCUG